GUACGGGGGCCCCGAAAACAACUCAAGCCCAGGGGCCCCCAUCCUCCUAAGUCCGGCCCUGAUAAUGAAAGUGUUGUGAGCUUUUAAAAACUUUGUGUGAGUUUAACACAGUUCUUGACAGAAGCUGAGAAUAAUAUCUUAAAGAAAUCAAAUAUACCCUAGAUAUCAUAUUGAGAUCGUUCAACACACACAUGACAUUUGUGCAGACCUCUCAUAUGUGUGAAUAGGUUUUAUACUGAUCCACAAAAUGUAACCCUUCAUACAAACAUGUUAACAUUAAGAUUCCAAGAAAAUCCUGUUUUUACCUGAUUUGUUUUAGCCUUUUCAACUAGGUUCACUACAUUUGUGAGAACAUUUUCAAAAAUGUGUCCCUCACAUGCAGUAAAACCUACACACACACACACACACACUCUCUCUCUCUCUCUCUCUCUCUCUCUCGAUGGCGAGUGACACAGGACUGGACAGAGGUCUCCUGAUGCAGCUCCACUGAGAGGCCCUGCUGGAAAACACACAGCUGCUCGAUGGAAAGCAGCUUCUUAGUUUUCGUUGUCCUCUUCCCUUCUUGGCCGUUGUGCUCCCGUUGGCGUCCCGGAUCCUUGGGUGGUAACUUGACAGCCGUUCCCUGGAAGCACUGGGCGGGGUGGAUCCCCUACCGCAUCACUGGAGUUUCCCUAUUGACUAUUCUCUCUCCGGAGUACUACUGGUCGAGCAUCUCUCCCUGCAUCGCUUCGCAGGUUUUGGAUUAUUCUCACUCUUCGGAGUACUACGGGUCGAGCAUCUCUCCCCACAUCGCCUCGCAGGUUUUGGAUUUUUCUCACUCUUUGGAGUUCUACAAGUCGAGCAUCUCCCCACGCAUCGCCUCGCUGGUUUUGGAUUAUUCUCACUCUUCGGAGUACUACGGGUCGAGCAUCUCUCCCCGCAUCGCCUCGCAGGUUUUGGAUUAUUCUCACUCUUCAGAGUUCUAUGGGUCGAGCAUCUCUCCCCGCAUCGCCUCGCAGGUUUUGGAUUUUUCUCACUCUUUGGAGUUCUACAAGUCGAGCAUCUCCCCACGCAUCGCCUCGCUGGUUUUGGAUUAUUCUCACUCUUUGGAGUUCUACUGGUCGAGCAUCUCUCCCCGUAUCAGCCUCGCAGGUUUUGGAUUAUUCUCACUCUUCGGAGUUCUAUGGGUCGAGCAUCUCUCCCCAUAUCAGCCUCGCAGGUUUUGGAUUAUUCCCACUCUUCGAAGUUCUACGGGUCGAGCAUCUCUCCCCGCAUCGCCUCGCUGGUUUUGGAUUAUUCUCGGAGUAUUACGGGUCGAGUUUUCCCUCCCUGCGGACUGCUUUCCAGGACCUUGUUUUAGUGCUGUCUUUUGUGUUAUUGACAUUCUUCUCAUUAAAGUCUUGUUUUCCCGCAUUUGA